CCCCAUCAUCCACUGUAAUCAGAUCAACCCUCUACCCCGGAUCUACCGACCGAUCUCCGACCGGUCGCAGGAGCUUGGGCGAAAGUAUCGCGCCAGUCACCUGGCGGUCUCAGCGAUCGCUCGCUUCCGUCGGUUCCGGGCGUCGUCCCGGGCGUCGUGAACCGCAUCGUCUGGGAAGCGACGAGCGGGGCAUAAAACCACCCACAGCGCGAUGAAUGUGGCGAUUGGACCACUCGUCGGAGUUUAGUUGUUUGAUUUUGUUUUUUUCUUUUUGGUUUUGUGUUGUUUUGCUUUCGCGGUUCGAACACGCAUUUGGUUUUGGGGCUGUGUUUGAGAGGAUUCAAUGUGAGAGGAGACUCCCCUGGAGUAGGUGAACACCACAAUAGAGAUGACCUUGCGAGGUCGAGCUGAGUGAGCCAUGGCUAUUUGGUGUUAUUUGCAAAGCAGGAAUGCCAAGGCAAACAAACAUAGGAACAGAUAUAAAGGAAUCUAUGGCUCCACAAUCUCUGUGUAGCCUUUUGUAUCCUUUUGUUUCAACAAUCCGAGACUCCGGACAGGAUUUUCGGGGCCUCGUCCCCGGUGUUUCUUGACGCAUCAUGAACCCAACGGGACCAACGGACGUCCUGACCUGACUCGUAGAGGACGGUAGAGAAACAGUCCGAACUGAUGAAGGGGACCAGCACCUCAGGAUGUCCUCGCUUCGGACCUGCUUUUUUGUCGAAAACGGAGGAAGGCAGAUCCAACGAAAGAGGAUCCAUGGUGUGAUGCCUCUACGGCCGAACAGGACUGCACUCCCAAAAGCAAAACGAAACAAAAGACGAUAUGAUUCCCAGACACUCCAUGGGACUGCCAUAUAUGCCGAUCAAUUGACCCCUUGUCAACCACCCCCUGUUUGUAUGUAAUUCAUUUGCCAGUCCCAUUAGUCGUGUCGUCUGGGAUGUGCCAUACUGAUCCUCGAUGGGAUGCCCCACGGCUUGCUGCCGAGGUAAAGGGACCGAUCGCCGGGCACGCGCGGGCUUUAAGCAGCUCGUGCGGAAGGCCCAGUUCGAGGUGAUCCCAGAAUAUGGCUUCCCCUGCUCCGAGGAAGGCGUCGAACAGAUGAUCCAGGCCUAUGAGAGAUACAAGACCGAUGCGGACAUUUUCGUGAAUAGCACCAUUAUCAAGGAGGUCUUGUUUGGUGAGUCGCAGUACCCAGAGAUCGUGGAGGAGGAUGACUAUGAACGAUUUGCUGCCACCACAUCAGAAAGCAAACCUCAGACCAAGACAGUGAUUCUGGAGCUGCUCCAGACUCUCCUGUUGCGCUUUGGGGAUCCUUUCAUCCAGGAGGAGGUCGAGAACUUGAAGAGAGAGGCGGAUCAUCGAGCAGGCCGCGUCUUGAAUCGAGGUGUCAUGGAGCCUUGGGUGAGUGAGGAUCCAGAAGGCUAUUAUCACCUCCCGGGGCGCCAAGAACUCGCCCUGGACGUACAGGUGGAUGUCUUACCCUCCUACGGCUUUGAAGGAAACCGAAAAGGAGUCCGUGAGAUGAUUUGCCAUUGCGCACCAUACCUGAAAGACGCAGAGGUGCAGAAGAGGUUCGACGCCAUCAACAUGAAACUUGGGAUGAGUGCCGCAGCCGCGACGCGAUUCCGACUACUCGUGCAAGAGAUCGAAGGGACGCCAUUGCCUCUGAUUGGGCUUGGCCGUGCAAACGCCGCGGCACAUCCUCCGCCCAUCUUUUGCCUCACGAAAUCUGUGUCGUGAGAUGCGUGACGUGUGAGAUGAGUUGGAGAGCUAUCAUCGAUCUGUUGGAAGUGUGCGAUCCUCA